ACGUCGGAGUGCUGAUCAUUUCGGUAAAGAAAACUGCAAAUCAGACUCGUACAUUUUAAAUGACACUUAAAUAUAACAUUCAUGAUCAUUAAUGCAACUGCUAGACAACCUAAAUAUUAUAUAUAAACGGCUGAAACUAAAGUAAAUUUAUUUUCUUACCAUGUGAUUCUACGUGUUAGCUUCAUAACUGUCACUUCUGGUUGGAACGGCUAGCCAAAAUUUUUUAGAAACUAGCUCACAGAUAAACUAGCUAGCUAGCUGUUACGUGUCCACAGCAGCACUUAAUGUUCCGUGUUUGCAGGUAAUUUGACAUCAGAUUAGCCGUUAGCUGUGUGGAUAACGUUGCAGGCCCGUUGAAGCAGAAAUGCCCAAAAAGAAAACCGGUGCCCGGAAAAAGGCUGAGAGUCGUAAGGAGCGAGAGAAACAAAGUCGAGCCAACCGGGAACAUGUGGAUGUGGCCAAACACCCCUGCAACUCUACCAUGGAAUGUGACAAAUGUCAGAGAAAACAGAAGAACAGAGCUUUCUGCUACUUCUGUAACUCAGUGCAGAAGCUGCCUGUCUGCGCUCAGUGUGGCAAAACCAAGUGCAUGAAGUCAUCAGAUUGUGUCAUCAAACAUCCUGGGAUCCACAGCACUGGGAUGGCCAUGGUGGGGGCAGUAUGUGACUUCUGUGAAGCUUGGGUGUGCCAUGGCAGGAAAUGUCUGAGCACUCAUGCCUGUGUGUGUCCUCUGACUGAUGCAGACUGCAUCGAGUGUGAACGCAGUGUUUGGGAUCAUGGAGGGCGAAUCUUCCGCUGUUCCUUUUGUCAAAACUUCUUGUGUGAGGAUGAUCAGUUUGAGCACCAGGCAAGCUGCCAAGUCCUUCAGGCAGAAACAUACAAAUGUGUGUCCUGUAAUAGACUCGGACAGCACUCCUGCCUGCGCUGUAAGGCCUGUUACUGUGAUGACCACGCCAAGAGUAAGGUAUUCAAACAGGAUAAAGGAAAAGCACCACCCUGCCCAAAGUGUGGUCACGAGACCCAAGAGACCAAAGAUCUCAGCAUGUCCACUCGCACGUUGAAGUUCGGCCGCCAGGCUGGUGCUGACGACGACGAUGAUUAUUACGACGGAGCAUCGGGGUACGAUUCCUACUGGAAGAACUUAGCAUCUGGAAGCAGAGACCAACAGGACAACGAUGGAGAGGAUGAUGACGAUGAGGAAGAUGAGUAUGAGGAUGAUGAGGAAGAGGAGGAGGAAGAGGAAGAUGUUGAAGAGGAGGAAGAAGAAGAAGGCGAAGAGGAAAAGGCCAUUGCUUCCAUGGCUGGUCUUAAACUGGACGGGACCGCCUGAGCUAAGACAGAGACUGGAGAAGCCUGUACAGGCGGAGAGCACAGCCCAUAGAGGCAAAUGAUCCUCAGCAGAUGUUCACUUGUUACAAGUCAGGAAUUAUUCAUGUAAAAUGAAGAAUAUAGUUGGUAUAACCAGGGCUGGGUAUCGAUUUUCUUUAUUUCUGUACCGAUGCUGUUUCCAAUACCUUACCCUGGGGAAUAUAAAUAUAGCAGCCGGACAAGAACUAGAAGAAUAAAAUCAUAGGUUCGUAUAAUAAGUUUUGAUUUAAAUCUGAAAUUGACUGAUAAACCCAGUCCUAGAGACGACUUGUUUUCUGCUUUUGUUGUUACAUUCAUGGCUGGAUUGGGGCACUAGGAGCACGGUGCCAAACUUGGCUGUUUGACCUUAUUGUGGUAACACAAUUUUAUUUAGGAAUAUGCACCAUUUAAAUUUCAACACAGGGCCCCACCACAAGACCGGUUGCAGAGGUGCGAAGUGGGAGCUGCUGCCGGCUCCUAAAAUAUUUUUCCCAACAGUAAAUUCCCAGUUCCCAGUUUUCUUUGAAUGAUUUUAUGAUUGUUCUUCAACAUAGAAACACGGGAUUCUCCCGGAUAAUGUAACAACGCUCUAUAGGUUUAUGUUAUGGCGGAUGGCUCUAAAUACUACAAUACCCAUGAGUCUGGGCUGCUGUAGCUACGGAGAAGAAGCCAGUCAGCGGUGCAAAUCAGAGCUGUGGUUGUGGCUGUUGUGAACAAAAAUGGUGUUAUAGUUGCCUAAUUUAUCCAAACUUGACACGAAAGUUUUUUUUUAAAAAUGUAAUCUAGUGUGUUCGCUGGCUCGUCAUUAGCGGCACAUAACAGAGUUUGAAAGUCAGUGAUUAGAUGAUUUUUACAGAAAUGCACCUUGCGAGUCACAGUCAACUUCUCUACUUAUGUUUAAAGGCUUGUACCUGUGAUAUUUUCUAAUGUAGUCGGUCAUCUUUUGUACUGAGCCAGUGUUUGGUUCAUCCGUUCUGGGCUACUGUAGAAACAUGGCGGUGCAACAUGGUGACCUCUGUGGAAGGGGACCCGCUACCUCUGUAGAUAAAAACGGCUUAUUCUAAGGUAACGAAAACACAACAAUUCUUAUUUUCAGGUGAUUAUACACUAAUGAAAACAUACUUAUAAGCAUUGUAUAACAUUUCUGCCAAUAGCUCCUCCUGAAUGUUACACACUGGACCUUUUAAUGAAAUCACCACAAACCAACUGCCACAUAAUGAAUAUGGGGCCUUCUGGGGCUCCGGGGCGGUAAUCCAGCCCAGGUUACAGUCUGAAAUAAAAAGUUAUGAUCAUGAUGUCUUUACUGUGUAAUAACUGUUGUUCUGCUGAGGAAUUAAUCUACAGUUUAUUGUGGUUAAUUGGCUAUUCAGACAACUUGACAUAUUUGCCCUGCUCCCUGUAAUCAGCUGCAUUUGUUGAGACAUGUUUGUGUUAAAUAUGCCAAUAAAUAUCAAAAUCCUA